GCAGCCUUUGGGCGAGCGCCAAAUGUCCAAAAUGACAUCACACGAGGUCCUGCGCGGGCUGAGAAACCUUUCGCGAUGGGCUGGUCCGAUACCGAGACAGGUUGCGGCGGGACGACAACUCGCAGGUAGCAGAGGGCGGAGGGCCAUGUGCACAACGUGCGUGCGAAGCACACAGGCUCGGAAAUCAGUAUCUGCGCGCUCACAUGUGGCGGUGGUGGGCUGCAGAGGGUAUGCGCAGGUCAUGGCGCAAGAAAUCUUUCCUGAAGAAGAAUAUACCAUCGAGGGGACGCAUGGUCCCAUGGCCGAGUACAAUGUGCGCGUGCAGUCCGGCCGCCUGCGAGACGACGAGCACCAGCGCAACAUCAUCCGAAGCCUGCAAGACCUACACGACAUGCUGGGGAGUUACACCCAGCCUCCGGUACAGCAACCCACGAUCGAAUCGCUGCAGCCGGCUAAAAAGAGCCUGUUCUCUUUCCUGUCGUCCUCCAAGCCGGCCGGCUCGGCACUCCCGCCCAUCCCCGAGUCGCUGCCCAAGGGCAUCUACAUGUAUGGCGAUGUAGGCAGCGGGAAGACGAUGAUGAUGGAUCUCUUCUACGACACGCUACCGGCAAACAUUCAACGAAAGACACGGAUACAUUUCCAUGCCUUCAUGCAGAGCGUGCACAAGGAUUUGCACAAGAUGAAAAUGGUACACGGCAACGACAUUGAUCUGGUUCCGUUUGUGGCGGCGGGGAUAGCAGAGCGCUCGUCGGUGCUGUGCUUUGACGAGUUCCAGUGCACCGACGUGGCGGAUGCCAUGAUCCUGCGGCGGCUGAUGGAGGGCUUGAUGGCGCAUGGCACUGUGAUUGUGACAACGUCCAACAGACACCCGGACGACCUGUACAAGAACGGGAUACAGCGCGAGUCGUUUAUCCCCUGCAUCAAUCUGCUGAAAUCGCGCCUUACGGUGCUGAACCUCGACUCGUCGACGGAUUACCGCAAGAUUCCCAGGCCGCCCUCGGGCGUCUAUCACCACCCUCUGGAUGCAUCGGCGCAGACGCAUGCCGACCGGUGGUUCCGAUUUCUCGGUGACUUUGAACAUGACCCGCCACAUGCUGCUGUGCAUGAAGUGUGGGGGAGGGAGAUCCACGUUCCCAAAGCUAGCGGCAAGUGUACCGUGUUUAGCUUUGAUGAGAUUAUCGGGCGUGCUACAGGUGCUGCUGACUAUUUGGAGCUCACGCGACAAUACGAAGCUUUUAUCAUUACAGGGGUUCCUGGCAUGAACUACCGCAGUCGAGAUUUGGCCAGGAGGUUCAUCACAUUUAUUGAUGCCGUGUAUGAGGCGAGAGCCAAGUUGGUUAUGACGACAGCGGUUCCGCUGACGUCGCUGUUUGUUGACCAGGCAGAGCUCAGCGACGCGGUAAAUGCAAGCAAGAAAGCCGGCAAGGCAGCGGAUUCGUCAGCUUCGUUGACCGGAGCCCCCAAGGCCGGUGAGGAUGACGGAGAGGCAAUCUCAGAUGUCAUGCGCAAUCUCAUGGAUGACCUGGGCAUGAACAUGAGCAUGCUCAAGAACUCGUCCAUUUUCAGCGGCGACGAGGAGCGGUUCGCGUUUGCGCGGGCCCUGUCGAGAUUGAGCGAAAUGGGCAGUCAGGAAUGGGUGGAACGGGGACUAGGUUUGGAAAAGAGGGGUGGGAAGGGUGAGAUGGAGGGAUGGCAGAAGGUAAAAUCAAAGUGGCGAGAGGACAACAUGUAGAGCAGGCAAGGCAAAACCAAACC